AUGCGCUCAGAUACUUUCAACAUCCCAGAUCAGCAUGACUGGCCACUCUUCACUAGUAUCGACGAGGUUCGACCCAAGUUUCCUGCAGGUACCAUCAUCCAAGUUGCAAUCGGCGGAUGGGGAGACACAGAUGGUUUCUCAAAAGCAGCCAAGACUGAAGAAAGCCGGAAGCUAUUUGCUAGCAAUGUGAAAGCAAUGCUUGACGCGACGGGCGCUGAUGGUAUUGACGUAGAUUGGGAGUAUCCAGGCGGCAACGGCGAAGACUACAAAACACCUGGUCACCUCAACACUGACAAAGCCUGGGAAAUUGGUGCGUAUCCUAAACUUCUCACCGAAAUCCGUUCUGCCAUAGGCCCAGAGAAAACCAUCUCAGCAGCUGUCCCGGGGCUACCACGCGACAUGCUCGCUUUCACCCCUGUUAACAUCCCCGCCAUCAUGGAGGCAGUUGACUACCUAAACAUCAUGACAUAUGACCUGUUCAACCGUCGCGAUAACGUGACAAAGCAUCAUACCGGUAUUCAGAACUCUCUUGAAGCCAUCGACACGUACCUCGAUGCCGGAGUACCACCCGAGAAAGCAAAUCUUGGGUUGGCAUUCUAUAUCAAAUGGUACAAGACGGCUGCCAACUCAACGUGCAAUACCAACCCCAUCGGCUGCGCGACCGAGCUCAUGGAAGACCCCGUUACAGGCGCCGAUCUAGGUAAAGCUGGUGCGUUCUCGUGGCAUGAUGAAGUUCCGGAAGAGCUCUCCGCAUCGUACGAACGUGCGAUGCGGAAGGGUGUCUAUGAUAAGGUUGGUGGCGGACAGUAUUAUUGGGAUGCUGAAGAGAACUUGUUCUGGACUUGGGAUACGCCUGAGGCUAUCAAGCGGAAAGUGCAUGUCAUCAUGAAAGAUAAGGGCCUCGGAGGGGUUUUCGCCUGGGGGCUAGGUGAGGAUGCACCAGCAUUUGAGCAUUUGAAGGCAAGUAAUAAGGCGGUACGGGCGUUGGGAAAAGGAGAUAGCGAGAGAGAAGCUCGUGGUGAAAGGAGUGAGCUGUAG